CUGGUGCCAGAGAGGGUGAGUCUGAAAGAUAAGAGCAGGGAGGCUGAGGCCACAGACGACACUUCAGGUGUCUCUGGCAAUUUUCUUGCACUGACCUUGGCCAGCCAGCUCAUGAUCUCAGGAUGCACGGGAAAAUGAUCUUUGUAUUACUAUUGGCAGUUUAUAUUUCUACACAAGCUGUCACCACCACUGAAACACCAGUCACUGGAGAACAAGGCUCUGCAACACCAGGGACUGUAUCAAAUGCCACUGUCACUGCUGGCACACCCUCAGCCACUUCUUCCCCUGGCGUGAUGACCGUCAAAACUACUACUGCUGUCACCCAAAAGAAAACUGUCUUUUUAGGAGUACCAGAAAGCUAUCACCAGGAUUUCUCACAUGCAGAAAUAACAGGCAUUAUUUUUGCGGUGAUGGCUGGCAUCCUUCUAAUUAUCUUCUUAAUUGCUUAUCUUAUUGGCCGAAUGAUAAAGAAACCUUUGCCCGUGGCAAAACCUCAAGACUCACCUGACAUUAGCCCACAAGACACAGCAGAUCCUUCUGAACCACAAGACACAGAGGAUCCUCCUUUAACUUCUGUAGAAAUAGAAAAGCCAGCAUCCUGAUUGAUGAGAAUCUGCUCACCAAACAAAGUUAUGGAAGAAUUCAAAGACACAAGACUUCAGUUAAGUGAAAAAUAAACAUCUAAAUUUCAGUCAAGUGAAAAAGGAACAUGUAAAAAAUCCAGUAUGCUUAUGAUGGAACAUGAGGGAAGAUAUUAUGAGGAAAAGAAUGUAUAUAUAUAUAUAUAGGUAUAACUGGGUCACUUUACUGUACAGCAGAAAUCGACAGGACAUUGUAAAUCAACUAUAGUAAACAAUGAAAAAAUUAAAUAACCAAUAGAUUGUGUAUCUUCCAAAGUUGUCUAAUAUCAGGAUGAAAAUUUCAUCAUAAUAAGUCCAGUGGCAAAUCGUUUCUUUCAUGCUUUUAUUUGUGAGCCUGAUUUUUGUAAUCAAAUGACUUGGAAUUCUUAUUCAAAGCCUUAGUUGGCGAGUUCUCUAAGACUGACUUACUCUCUUCUUUUGUGUUUUAAUGAUUGUGCUCUCAAAUGAAAAGCUUGUAACAGCUAGAUAAAAAUCUAAAUUCUCUUCUCAUUCUUAACUUCUGAGUCUAUUUUCACUGUUUUGAAUAAAUUAAGGGGAGAGCAAAAUGCUAAUAUUUCCUUCAUGGCUGAAAAGGCAAGGUAUGGUCAUAUUAAUGAUGAUGUUUCAGUCACACUAAUCGAGCUUGUGCUUGGCAAUGCCUUGCAUACAUACAUACAAAUACAUAUGUACAUAUAUGCAGAUAAAGCUUUGGACAUAGAUAUAGAUGUAUAAAAUGACACCCACAUUCAACCUUUAACUCAUAAAUCAACACAAAGGGUUUUUUCCAUUUAAAAAGUGAGAUGUUACAUAUGUAUAACUGGCUCAUUUAAAAUAACUCAUCUGAUAGUCUAGAGCAUCAACUUGUUCAGGGCACAGAUAGAUGAAUUGUGCUCCACCAGAAGAGUUAUUUAUGUCAGUGGGCAAAGUAUCCUGAGAAAGAAUCAAUGACUUUUCCUUGCAAAAGAAACUUCUUAACUCUGUAAGUGCAAAAGCUGUGCAAAUUUGACAUGCAGGUGAAUCUAUUAAAAGGUUACUUUAUAUUCCCAAUUAAAUUACUUAACCUGUCCAGUCCUAGUUUCUCUUAUUAAUAAAAUUUUGGAAAUUGGUUUAAAUGAUCUAAAAGAAAUUUCUGGACACAGGAGACUAAGGUUUUGUGACUAUACAGUCAUCAUUCACUGGUAAUAAAAGUUGAAAAGCAGUAUAAAAGCAAAGUACCUUCUUGUGCUAUUUCCAAGUGAAUAAAAAUCCAUAUGGCUUUUCAUUGUUGUGUGAUAAUUAAGUUAAAAAUAUUACAUACAUAUUUGAGCUUGAAAACUUCGAUUUAUUUUUUAAUAACUUUUUGAAAAUUUAAAUCUUAA